AUGAAGACCACGACUGUUUUGUCCGCGCUCGCGGCUGCCGCUGCUGUGAACGCUACCCCAACUGCCACUCUCCCCCUCAAGGCCCGCCAGACGGAGCUUGAGCCCAUCACUGCCACCGGCAACGCCUUCUACAAGGGCAAGGAGAGAUUCUUCGUCCGUGGUAUCGACUACCAGCCAGGUGGUGCUGCCGCCAAUGUCGACCCUCUGGCCGAUCCCAAGGUCUGCAAGCCCGACAUCGAGAAGUUCAAGAAGCUCGGCAUCAACACCAUCCGUGUGUACUCGACCGACAACUCCAAGGACCACGAUGAGUGCAUGGAGGAGCUCGCCAAGGCCGGCAUCUACGUCGUCCUUGAUGCCAACAACCCCUUGUACUCUAUCAACCGUGACGACCCUCACACCUCGUACAACGCCAUCUACCUCCAGAGCGUCUUCGCCACCAUUGAUGCCUUUGCCAAGUACAGCAACACCAUGGCUUUCUUCUCUGGCAACGAGGUCAUCCACGACCACGCCAACACCACCCUCACUGCCCGCUACGUCAAGGCCACCGACCGUGACAUGCGCCGCUACAUCAAGGCUCGCAAGUACCGCAAGAUCCUGGUUGGAUACUCUGCCGCCGAUGUGACCGAGAACCGUCUCCAGACUGCUGACUACUUCAACUGCGGUACCGAUGAGGAGCGCAGCGACUUCUUCGCCUUUAACGAUUACUCUUGGUGCACUAGCAACUUCGUCGAGUCCGGCUGGGACCAGAAGGUCAAGAACUUCACCGGCUAUGGUCUUCCCAUCUUUCUGUCCGAGUACGGCUGCAACCACAACGUCCGUGACUUUGGAGAGCUCGAGUCCCUCAUGCACCCCAACAUGACCAGCGUCUACUCCGGUGGUCUCAUGUACGAGUACUCCGAGGAGCCCAACGAGUAUGGUAUCGUCAAGAUUGAGGGUGGCGACAAGGGCAACGGUUUCGACCAGACUGGCAAGCGCACUGAGAUGCAGCCCGAGUUCAACAACCUGGUCAAGGCCAUGAAGGCUUUCCCCGCCCCCAAGGGUCUUGCCGGCGCCAGCACCGAGAACAAGGCUUCCAAGUGCCCCGAGAACAACGACCACUGGAUCGUCAGCACCGUCCUUCCCGAGAUUCCCGAGGAGGCCCUUCAGUACUUCGAGAACGGUGCUGGCAAGGGCCCCGGCCUUAACGGCAAGGGCUCCCAGUGGGCUGGCCACGUCGCUUCCAAGAGCCCCGAGUUCCCCGAUGGAGAUGCCCAGGGCAGCACUGGCGGCUCUGGCUCCGAUGACAACGAGAACGCUGCUCCCCGCGGCGCUGCCUCGAUCCUCUUUGUCUCCGGCCUCGUUGCUCUCGUCGCCGGUGCCAUUUCCCUGUAA